UGGGCGGGCGCUGUGGGCGGGGCGGGCGCUCCAUGAUGGCGGCGGCGCGGUCGGUGGGUUCGGUUCGGCUUCCCCCCUCUCUCCUUUGACCCCUCCAGCAGCAGCCCCGACAGCCCAGCCCAGGAUGGGAGCCCCCCGGGCAGCCAGAGGGGGAGAGCAAAGCUUCCUCCAGAUGGUGGCACAGAUCUGAGUCUGGACUCCAUUCCGAUGGGAUUGCCAAUGUCAGACCCAACCGCCUGGGCCACAGCCAUGAACAACCUGGGGAUGGCUCCCAUGGGCAUGACAGGACAGCCCCUCCUGCCUGAUUUUGACCCUGCUCUUGGGAUGAUGACUGGGAUCCCUCCCAUCAACCCCAUGAUGCCAGGCUUGGGGAUAGUCCCCCCUCCCAUCCCUCCGGACAUGCCUGCUGCCAAGGAGAUCAUUCACUGCAAAAGCUGCACUCUCUUCCCACCCAACCCACACCUUCCCCCUCCAGCCACCAGGGAGAGGCCCCCCGGGUGCAAGACAGUGUUUGUGGGGGGUCUGCCUGAGAACGGGACAGAGCAGAUCAUCAUGGAGGUGUUUGAGCAGUGUGGGGAGGUCAUCGCCAUCCGCAAGGGCAAGAAGAAUUUCUGCCACAUCCGCUUUGCUGAGGAGUUCAUGGUGGACAAGGCCCUCUACCUCUCAGGCUACCGCAUCAGGCUGGGCUCCAGCACUGACAAGAAGGACACGGGGAGGCUGCACGUGGACUUUGCCCAGGCUCGGGAUGAUCUCUACGAGUGGGAGUGCAAGCAGCGGAUGCUGGCGCGGGAGGAGCGGCACCGGCGGCGCCUGGAGGAGGAUCGCUUCCGAGCCCCCUCCCCACCCCCGGUGGUCCACUACUCCGACCACGAGUGCAGUGUGGUGGCUGAGAAACUGAAAGAUGAAACAAAGUUCUUGGAAGCCAUACAGACCUUGCUGACCUGGAUAGAGCGUGGAGAGGUGAACAGGAGGACAGCCAACAACUUCUACUCCAUGAUCCAGUCGGCCAACAGUCACGUUCGCAGGCUGGUGAAUGAGAAAGCAGCACAUGAGAAAGAGAUGGAGGAAGCUAAAGACAAGUUCAAACUGGCUCUCUCAGGGAUUCUGGUUCAGUUCGAGCAGAUAGUGGCCGUGUACCAUUCUGCCUCCAAACAAAAGGCUUGGGACCAUUUCACGAAAGCUCAGCGUAAGAACAUCAGCGUGUGGUGCAAACAAGCAGAGGAAAUCCGUAACAUUCACAAUGAUGAGCUGAUGGGUAUUCGAAGAGAGGAGGAGAUGGAAAUGUCUGAUGAAGAAAUAGAAGAUCCAUCAGAGAUGAAAGAAACAGAAGAAUCAGCCCUGGUGUCCCAGGUGGAAGCCCUGAAGGAGGAGAACGACAGCCUGCGCUGGCAGCUGGACGCCUACCGCAACGAGGUGGAGCUGCUGAAGCAGGAGCAGGGCAAGGCCAGCAGGGAUGAGGACACCACCAAGGAGCAGCAGAUGAAGCUUCUGCAGCAGGCUCUGCAGGGGAUGCAGAAGCACCUUUUGAAAGUACAAGAGGAAUACAAAAAGAGAGAAGCUGAGCUAGAAAAAGUGAGAGAAGAAAAACUGAAAAUGGAAACAUUAUUAGAAAGCCUGAAGGAGCAGCAAAGCAUGGCAGAUGAAGAGGACAAGGAGAGAGAUACAAGUGACUGUCAGGGCAAUGAGAGCAGCACCUCCAGAGCUUGUUCCUGCAGCCAGGAGAAGGAGUGUCCUGUGGAGAAGACCCUGAGCACCAGCCCUGUGAGGUCUGAACGAGAGGUUCUGUUGGUUGGAAUCAUUUCAACAUUUCUCCACGUGCACCCCUUUGGAGCAAGCAUCGAGUACAUCUGCUCCUACCUGCAACGUCUGGACAGCAAAAUCUGCACAGCAGAGGUGGAAGUCCUCAUGACUCGCCUGCAGAACACCUUCAGGCAGGAGCUGAGUGGGGUUGGGGCCAGCCUAGAGAAAAGGUGGAAGUUCUGUGGCUUCGAGGGACUGAAAAUGACCUGAGCUUUGUGUUACCAUGGAAACCAGCAGCAGGAUGGGUGUGCUGAGAACACCUGGGAUGCCUCUGCCCCCUGUCUAUGAUGUUACCUUGCAGGCACCACGGACUCAGGUGGGACAAUGUCCCUGUGAAACCAAGGCCAGAGCAGCACUGGAAGAAACAUCAAGUUCUGCAGCUACUUUAAUCAUUUUUUUGUUAAUAGGCAAGUACUGUUCAACAUAUUUUGGGCAAGACGUUCAUGUCUGGUGUUUCUGAGCACAGCCUGUUGACUCUAUGUUUUGCCCAUGUUGUAUUUGUAGUGUGUGCCCAGACCUCUCCUCCCAUCCCUUCCUUUUGCUGGUAGGAACUGCCACAGACUGUCUGCUGAAGCCACAACAAAGAAGCAUUUUUGGGUUUUUUUAGGCAUCUCUGUGAUUAGAAAUUGGGGUAUGUGUAAAGAGAAGAAGAUUUAGAUGGCUCAGAGCUCUGAGCCCUGCAGUUGAUUCUUUUUCAUGCUCUUUUUUUCCCUGCUGAUGGUUUCACUGUGAAGCUACAGUGGAGGCAGCAUCUCAGGACCUGAGUGUGUUUCUGGCAGUGCCACUGGUGGUCUGUGCAUGGCAGACUCAGUCUGUAAAGUUUGGGUUUUUUUUUUUUACACAGGAAGGGGUAUUUUAAUUCCCUCUUGAUCUGGGUGGAGCAGAGUUGCCUGCAGCAGACUCUUUCAGUAGUGGCUCACCAACAAAUUUCUCCACCCACUUUGUUUGGAGCCUGAGCUUCUGGAAGUGCUGCAGGCACCACAGACUUUCCUGCUCCUGAAUCUUCCCAGAGGCUCAGUAAAUGCCAGGCUGCUCCUCACCCCUCUGCAGAAGGUUUGUAAGGUGUAGGGUAAAAUGGAUCCAGCCUGUCCAGGUCCCUCUGGAGAGCCUCCAGCCCAUCAGGUUCCCAUGGUUUGCUGCUGCUUCAUGAUUUCCAGCUCCUGCUGCUUGCUGCCCACCCUGCCUGCCUCCGUGUGGAUGCUCUGCAGUUGGGCUGUUGGUUCCAGCACCUCUUUUGAGGGAGAAGCCCUGAUUCCUACCUGACUGUUCUCAGGCACUUCCCUGGGUUCUGCUACAUCAACAACCCCUGGAGCAGUGGGAAGGAGCUCACCAAACACUGGCCAAAACCUCCCAAAUCCUGCUGGUGUGACCAGGCUUGGAACCAGGUAUUUGAUCUGCUGGCUGUUCCUGCUCCAUUCCCUGCAACUGGAGGGGGCAGAGGAGGGCACUGCCUGGGCUCUGAGCCCUCAGCCACCCCUCCCAUGGCCCUGAAGUCUCUUGGUUGCCCUUGGACUUCUCACUGCAUCUUCAUUGCUGCCUGCCUGAAGGAUCAACAAUGGACAACAACCUCCUGGGGGAGCUGGGGUGGUGGUGGGGCUGAGCCUUGGGCACUUUGGUGGUGGAGCAGGAAGGUUGUUCUGUGGGGCGGGGGGAGGGAGUGGAGCUGAGCCCCCACCCAGGGUGCAGCUGGGGGGAUGGCUCAGAGGAGCUCCCCUGGCUUCUGACACCCAAGGCUUGCCACACAGACACCAGCUGCAAAACCUUCUACAGAAACCUUCUGAAUAGUUGUGUCACUGCAGGCAAAUGUAUUUUUAAGGAAUAAACGAUUUUUAUGAGCAAA